CUGAAGUCAAAAUAGACUUGCGAGAGCCAGGGGUUUCCCCUCUGCCUCCUCCAUUGGCCGAACUCCAGCGAUUCUUCUCGUCGCUCAUGUCGACGGUGUCUCACCAGCGGCCAAGGGUGUUACAAGCAGCCAGCGAAUCGAGCGGCUGCUGUCGCUGUGUUCUCGCUGCGCCGUCGCCUCGCCGUCUUCGUUGGCUGCUCGAGCUUCCCUGAGUUGGUCUGCGCUUCCCGCCCCACAGUGGUUCCCCGAGUCGCUGCCUGCUCACGUUUCCCUGAGCCAAUGGUCGAAGGUCCGCAAUGCUCGAUUUAACACCGUCACCGGAGCUCGUCCACGCCGCCGGUGAAGCUGAAGCCUGCUGCUGGGGGAAGGGAAGACAGGCGGUCGCGCGCAACUGGUGAAGCCCGCCAAUGGCUUCGCCGCCCCUUCCCCGCGGACGCCAUUGCCCAGCACCGUCCUGACCUGCUACACCUGGAGCUGGUUUGUGGCUCAGACAAACUGCCUUCUCUCAGUCUCAGACAUCUGCGACAAUUCUUUAUCCUAUAUGAUUAUACCCUGGGCCCAGGGCAUAAUCAUGUAGGAUAAAGAAUUAUCGCAGAUGUGUAUCUGAGACUUUGCAAUUUUGCUUGUUGCAGAAGAGCUAAUUUCUUCUAGACACAAUCAUCUUACUCCACUUGAACAAAACAAAACAAAACAUAGUUCUGUUUUUUCUGCAGUGAUUGCAAAUAGCUUAUCAAUCAUAGAUAUGGCUCCUAAUAAGAAAGUUAUUUUUUAUUUGUUCAAGUUGUCAUUCUAGAAACUUCUGUUGAUGCCACGCAUAAGCCUUUUUAUGGUUAUUUUUCUCCUUUCUGCACUGUUACCAUAGUUUUGAAAAUCGACGACUAGGACGAGCCUAGUCGCGCCUAGUCGCUAGUCUAUGGCAUGGCGACUCGAUUUGGGGGGUAAUCGGGUCUCUAGGCGGGCAGCGCGCCUAGGCGGCGACUUGCUCCGAUUCGGCGGCGAUUCGACGGCGCCCAGGUGACCUAGGCGGCGCGGAGGCGAGCUAGGCGGCCAGGGCUCGCGAAAUAAUGCCGCCGCGGGCAGAGCGCGCGCGCGGAGGUUUUGGCGCGGCUUUUCCCGCGCGCUGGAGACGGAUAAGGGGGAAAAGGGGAGAGAAGGGAGUUUGCCUGCUUCUAUUCGCCUCGACGACGCGCGGCGACGCCGGCUGCUGCUCCUCCCCGCCUGCGACGCGGCUGCCGCUCCUCGCCGCCGGCGACACAGCUGCUGCCUCCCCUCACCGCGCGGCUGCUCCUCCUCACCGUGCGCCUGCUGCUCGGACUGCGCGGCGGCUGCGGCUGCUCCUCCCCGACGGCUACGCGGAGUCGCGGACGCAGCUCCUCCCCGACGGCUACGCGGAGUCGCGGACGCAGCUCCAGCUCCUCCCGGACGCCGGUCUCCUCCGAUGACAGGAACAGAGGCUCAGGCAAGUGCAAGUGCAACAGAGGGAGCAAGUGUCUUGAGAAGGAAUUCAGAUGAUGUGGGAUGGGAGUUUGGGGUUCUUGUUAAUCCAAGCAACAAGGACAAUGUGAAGUGCCUACUCUGUGACAAGCAAAUGUUUGGAGGGGUUUAUCGGUUGAAGCAGCAUAUUGCCCAGGAAGGAAAGAAUGCCAAGAAAUGUCUAGGCACGAAGACCACCAAAGAGAAGUUAAAGGAGGCUCAAGAAAAAUGCAAGAAAGCAUUAGAUGAAGCAAAAAGGAAGAGGAAGGAGAAACUUGUUCAUGAGCUGGAACUUAGAGAGGAAGUCCAUGCAUCUGUAUCUAGGGUUGGAGGGUCAGAGGAAGUCACUUGUAUUGGAAGUUCAGAGCCUCACAAAUUAGGCCCCAUGGACAAAUGGACAAAAGCUAUUGAUCCUACAGCAACCAAAUCUGAAUCUUUGACUCAACAGAAGCUGAACAAGGAACUUUGGAAAGAAAGAUUGCAUGAGGUGCAUAAAUAUAUUGCAAGAUGGGCCUAUAACCAUGCAAUACCAUUCAAUGCUUGUGACAACGAUGAGUUCAAGCAAAUGUGUGAAGCAAUUGGACAAUUUGGGCUUGGAAUUGAACCUCCAACUAUGUUUGACCUGAGAGGGAGAUUGCUAGAAGAAGAAUAUGUAAGAACCAAGAGUUUGCUGCAAGAACGUGAAGCCGAGAAGAUGAAGAAUGGGUGCUCUAUUAUGACUGAUGCUUGGUCAGAUAAGAAGAGGAGAAGCAUAAUGAAUGUGUGCACUAAUUGUGCUGAUGGAACCAGUUUUAUUUCCUCAAAAGAGAUGUCAGAUGUGUCACACACAAGUGAAGUCAUAUUUGAACUAGUGGACAAAGCAAUUGAGUUAGUUGGUGAGGAUGAUGUGGUGCAAGUUGUGACUGACAAUGCUUCUAACAACAUGGGAGCAAAGAAGCUGCUGCAUGAGAAGAGACCACAGAUCUUUUGGACCUCUUGUGCAGCUCACACAAUCAACUUGAUGCUCCAAGGAAUUGGCAACAUUCCUCGAUUCAAGAAGGUGGUUGACCAAGCAAAGGCAUUCACCAUAUUUGUCUAUGGGCACACAAGAACACUAGAGUGCAUGAGACACUUCACUGAGGGGAGAGAGAUAGUAAGGCCAGGAGUGACUAGGUUUGCUUCAAACUUUCUGACUUUGGAAAGCAUACAAGAGAAGAAGGACAAGCUAAGAAAGAUGGUGGUUCAUAGUAGGUGGGACUCACUGAAGGAUGUGAAAUCAAAGAAGGGAAAAAAUGCUACAGCAACUAUAUUGAAUCCAAAUUUUUGGAAGGAUGUGAAGUUGACAUUGGCUGUUUUUGAGCCAUUGUUCAAAGUUCUUCGUUUGGUUGAUGGAGAUGUGAAGCCAUCCAUGGGUUUCGUAUAUGGAGAACUAUUGAAGGCAAAGAGACAGAUCAAAGAGGCGUUUGGCAAUGUUGAGUCCCGUUUCAAGGAUGUUAUUGCUAUUGUUGAGAAGAAGAUGGCUGGAAGACUUGAUUCUCCAUUGCAUUUGGCAGCUUAUUUGCUGAAUCCACACUAUAGUUAUGCUGAUCCAUCAAUUUUUGAUGUCCCCAAAAUAACAGUAGGUUUUAUCAGUUGUGUGGAGACUUUUUAUUAUCAUGAUGAGGAAAUGCAAGAACAAGCUGCCAAUGUUGAACUCCAGAAGUUUCAGAAUAGAGAAUAGAGAAGGACCAUUUAACAAGAAACUUGCAAGGACUUUUGAAAACUUUGAAUAUAAUCCAGUGUUUAUUUCAGCAUCAUGGUGGCGGCUGUAUGGAACUGAAACACCAGCUCUACAGAAGAUGGCUACAAGGAUCCUAUCUUUGACAUCAAGCUCUUCUGGUUGUGAAAGAAAUUGGAGUGGGUUUGAUGCAGUGCACACUAAAAGGAGAAACAGACUUACUGUAGACCGCAUCAGUAAGUUGGUCUACAUUCAAUUCAACAACAGGCUGCUUAAUAAGAGAGCAAAGAUUAAGUCAAAGAAAAUUACUGAUGUUCUCUUGUCUAGUGACACAACUGAAGCUCAAGGUUUCCUCCAAGAGAAUGGAGAUGAUUUGGCAGCAGUUGUUUUUAGAGAUGAUGAAGAUGAGGAACUCAUGGAAGGUACAGGGAUACCUUGGUCUGUGCUUGGAGAUGCAGUGGGAGCAGAAGAACAACUACAGCCACGUACAAGUGCAAGGGUGAGAGAGCUCUAUGAAGGAGAAGAGUUCCAGUCCGAAGAAGAAGAGUUUGAUGAAGAUGAGGAUGACUAUGUGAUGGAUGAACCCUACUGAAGAAGUGUGAGACAGCUAGCUUCAUGUCAUGUUUUAGCUUUUAUUAUGCUUAUGCAUCCUGCAUCCAUGUAUCUUUAACUUAUGAACUGAGGAUCAUCAAUCAUGUGUUGGAAUGUACUGUUAGUUUUUAUA